AUGGGGGCGGGCGCGGCGUCUCCGGGCGCCCUCUGCCUGGGCGCGGCGCUGAGCGGGAUCCUCAGCUUCGGCCUCUUGGCCGCGGCCGUGGGCACCGACUACUGGUACCUGAUCCGCGUGGAGGCGGCGGGGCGCAGCGGCAGCGCUGGGGAGGCCGAGCGGCUGAGCUCCCAUUCCGGACUCUGGCGCCUGUGCGAAGGACGGAAUGCCUGUAUGCCUCUCAUUGACCCAUUUGGCACCGAGAGCUGGCAAGUUCCACCGUCACUCCAGUAUCUUAUCUGCAUGCACCGGGCCUUCGUGGUCCUGCUGCCGCUCAGCCUCAUCUUGCUUGUCUUCGGCUGGAUCUGUGGCAUCAUCAGUUCACUGGUCAGGAGCUCCCGGUUUCUGCUGUUCACAGGCUGCUAUUUCUUGCAGGGGGCACUCCUGACACUGGCAGGGACCACCAUCUACAUCUGCUACUCCAGGGCCGCAUUCACGACGGUGCAGAUGUUCGGCCGGCAGCGCUUCGAGCACGUCCACAUUGCCUUUGGCUGGUCCUUGGCACUCGCUUGGCUGUCCUUUGGCACCGAAGUAUGGGCGGGUGUCCUCUUUCUCCUGGCUGCCUGGGGACUCAGCCUGGCCCCAGAUUCGUGUUCAGUGGUCAUCUAA